AUGCUUCUUCUGGACUACCAGAACGUCCUCAUCGAGUCGUUAUUGAAAGACCGCUUUUCUCCAGAGUAUGGGACCAUAAACGCCCACGGCAAGCAGAUGGAGACUGACAUUGCUCUAGCUCACCGCCGACCUCGAUUGAUCAAGUGGUUUCCGACUUCGACAAUGUCACCUUCCACAUCUCAACUCCCAACGCUAAGACCCAAAUCCUGAUCUCCAUCGCUGUGAAGUGCUGGCCGGAGCUUGUCAAGUAUGGCGCCGAGGCAGUACUGCAGCGCGAGUACGGCUCUUUCAUCGUAUCUCCCGAGCAAGGCUACGACUUCUCCAUUCAAGUAGAUCUGGAGCAACUACCGGCAGCACAAGAAGAGAAGGAUGACUUGAUUCGACGGAUAAGCUUGUUGAAACGCAACGCAAUAGCAGCACCUUUUGAGCAGGCUUUUGAUGAAUACGCGUCGCUAGCCGAGGAAGCAAAACAGUACACAAGCGAGACUGCGCCUCAAGGCGUGAAGGAAGGUGGUGAGAUUAGGGCGAUACACUACCGAGAUCAGGAGGCUAUUUACAUCAAAGCUUCUCACGACCGAGUGACGGUCAUUUUCAGCACCAUCUUUUCGGACGAGACUGAUAGGGUCUUCGGCAAGGUCUUCUUACAGGAGUUUGUUGAUGCUCGACGAAGAGCAAUCCAGAAUGCUCCACAAGUGCUGUUUCGCAACGAUCCGCCAAUGGAGUUGCAGGGCAUCCAGGGUUUGCCGGCUGGAAAAGGAGAAGUUGGUUACAUUACCUUUGGUAUGUUCAUCUUGCAGAGAUUGUGGUGUGCUGGCUGACAACGAUUGCGUAGUGCUUUUCCCUCGCCACUUGACCCAGCAGCGCCGUUACGAAGUCAUUUCGCACAUUCAGACCUUCCGCGACUACUUCCAUUAUCACAUCAAGGCCAGCAAGGCAUACAUACACAGCCGUAUGAGGAGACGGACUGCGGAUUUCUUACAAGGUACAGCCCAACAUUGCACCCCGUAUUCGAUGAUGUCACUGACAAUGAACCAGUGUUGCGAAGGGCUCGACCAGAGACGGAGGAGAAGGAGAGAAAGACCGCGAGUGGAAGGACAUUCCGAGUGCAGGCAUGA